AUGGCGAGGCCCGCGCAGGUGGCGCCCACGCGGCGUCUGUACACCCCAGAGCCCGCCACGCAGCAGCCCCUCCAGACUGCCUCUACUCACUUUUCUUUCACUUUUGAGAAUCCCGACGACUUGCCGGCAUACGGGGGCCCUUUGGAGGGCCCCUAUGCGGCGUCUUGGGGUCCCGCGGGGCCCCUGGGGGUCCCCCCGGAGCUGCAGCAGCUGCAGCAGCAGCAGCAGCAGCAGAACAGCUGGGCCUUCGAGGGGGCCCCCAAGGGCCCCUUCCCGAGCCCCCGGCGAAGGGCGAUUUUCAGGUCUUCCGUAUUUGCUGCUGUGGCGCUGCUGCUGUGCCUGGGGGGCCUGAAAGCCGCGCAGCAGCGGCAGCAGCAGCAGCAGCAGCAGCAGCAGCAGGUCGCGGCGGCGGCCGCUGCUGCUCCUGCUGCUCCUGCUGCUGCUGCUGCGUCCGAAGACGCGCAGCGGUGGGCGCAGGCGCUGGCAGCCAGCGCGGACGAGCUGCAGGUGACUUGGAAAAGAGUUUCUCGAGAAGUUCGAGAAGCUUUUGUGCAGAACUUUUCGCCUUUGGCGGGUUUUUCGGGAGAGUCUGGAGAGCGGGAGGCGCUGCUGCUGCUGCAGCAGCAAACGGAAGCCAUCUGGAGCUUGCUGCCGCGCGAGGGCGCCUCGGAGACGCAAAAAACGGAGUUUCUGCUGCACGCGAAGCUGCUGCAGGCCGUUUGCUGCGCUGCAGCAGCAAGGCUCCGCAGCCUCGCCAAACUCGAAGCAGCAGCAGCAGAAGGGGGGCCCCCCGUGGCCCUCUUGGGGGGCCCCCCUGUCCGGAGUGGGUUUUAUUUGGGGCCCAAAGGACAAAGAAGUAUGACUUUUCGCGAGUUCCUGGAGCUGCUGCCGCAGUCUGCUGCAGCAGCAGCAGCAGCAGCAGCAGGAGCGGACGGCGAAGCAGCAGUGCCCGCGGAAGCUGCGGAGAGACUCGCGGGGCUGCUGCAGGUGGAAGAAAAGUAUUUGGAAAAUGACAAAAGUGUUUUGGAAAUGUUUAAAUCAAUUGGGGAUUUGUUGGAGUUGGGGUUUUGGAAAAAAGGCGAAGAGGCGGAGGAGUUCGUGGGGUUUUUGCGGCACCGCGAGAAGGCCCUCGAAAACGCUAAAAGAGAGGUUUACUUCGAAAACCCUUUUCUGCUUUUGACUCAUUUGAAAAGCAAAUGGAAAGAAGAAGAAGUGGAGAGGCUUUCGCAGCAGCUGUGGCAGGAGCAGCAGGGGCGGCUGGCCGACGCAGUGCGCCAGAAACUCGAAACUGCUCAAGUUGCUUUUUCCGAAAACUCCCUCUUCGCUUUCGCCAUUUUCCUCCUUUAG